CAACUUGGGCUAUAGUAUCCUCUUUAGGUUGGGCUGCAACUCUAUCCACAUUCCAUGCCCAAAGUCAACCAAAACCCUAACUUCCUUUACAAAUCCGUAAUUUCGACCCCCACCCCAUGGAGAUGGAACUGGUAGACAGGUUCAAUGUUCGAGUCGACAAAGCUUUUGGCUCCCUCGCUUCAUCUUCCUCUUCCUCUUCUUCUAAUUCAAAAUCACAGUCUUUGAGCUCUCUUUGGAGGCUUACGGACGACGAAAUCGCGAAACGAGAGUGGAACGGAGACAAGGAGGGUCCCCAGCCGGAGGAGGGGUUCUGCGACAACUUUCCACAGAAGAAUAAGAAGAAGAAAGCCAUUAAUUUCCGUGCGGAGCUAGAGAAGGAUCUCGAUGACCUCGACGACGAGGAUUUGGAGGAAGAGGAAGCAUGUGUGUGGUCGAGUAAAGGUGGUAAACCAGAGGAUUAUAAUGAUGAAGAGUGGGAGAUCAAGUCUUCCAUUGGAAGGGACCGUACUCUUGAUUAUGAGGAAGAGGAAGAUGAGUAUGAUAAAGUGGCAGUUGGCAGGGAGAAGACCCGAGAUUGCCUUUAUAUUAAGGAUAUAAAUGACUAUGAGAUAGAUGCAGAUUCUUGCAAUAUGCUUCCAACUGCUUUCAAGGAUUUCAGUAGAGAUCCGCGUGCCAAUAACAUUGCUGCAAAGCUUAGGCUCAAGGAAGAUGAAGAAGAUGCUGAAGCUGCUAUAAAAAUUCAUUCGUUACGAGUGUCUGAUAGUGAUGCAACUGUUGGCGUGGAUACUCACAUUAGCACAUUUGAGGAAGGUAACCUCAAAUCGAUUCUGAAGAGAAAGGAUACUGAGUCGAAUCCAAAAUCACUGAAACGAGUCCGUUUUGAUUCCCAAUAUUUUAGAAAUGAUUGCAGUGAAGGGCCUGAAAGAACCAAAGAUGUCCCAGGGGAAGCUUGCUCGACAAAGGAAGAAGAAGCUAUGGUCUUCAAUGAUGCGUUUACUUUACCUCAGGAUUAUCCUUCUGGAAUUCCAGAUUAUAUGCGUAACCCUUCAAAAUAUACUCGAUAUACUCUUGAUUCAAGUGAUGUUGAUGAUGAAUCAAAUCGGCAAGCCUACAUGGACUUUCUAAAGCUGGUUAAGAGGUGUGAUGCUACAGAACCAGAGGCAGAUGAUGCUCCAUGCGAUCUUACAAAACCAGUAACUUUUAUACCAAGGAGGAAAAAUUCUGAUGUCAUCAUGGGAGAAAGCUGCAGUGAGUCAAAAACAAAUCCAGGAACAUACUGACAAGGAGUCCAUGCAUAGGUCAGGCUUGCCAAUUGGAAUUGCAGCUGGGUAUACGAAUGAUGGAGUUUGUGCAAUGGAGGAAGAUGAACUACAACCAAUCGCGGACAAGAGAAAUAUCUUACAGAGACCGGGCCGACAGUAUUGUAAGAAAUCAAGCUUGUACCUAACGGAAUUCUGACUUGGGACUAUUCUAGUGUCUCCUUUUAGAUGGAUUGUGAGCAACUGAGCAAGCAUGUAUGUUAACAGCAAGAUAUUGUACUUUGUGUAGGCAGAAGAAAACUAGGAAAAGGAAAGAUAAAGAGAGAGAUGAAGAGGUUGUAAGUUGUAACUGUUGUAUCCCUCUCAUAAAUAACAGCCUCAUCCUUUCAGAUAUUAGUGAAUAAUCGCAUCACUAUAUCCUUGAAGUUGUCUGCCAAGGUCAUGAUUUGGAAAUAGCUAGCAUUUUACGCUUGACCAUCAUACACCGCAUGGAGACUAGACUGGCUGGUCGCUCGAACAUUGUAAAGUGAGAACAUAUAACUGACAAAUUUU